AUGGACAUUAUGGUCCAUGCACAAAUCGACUUAGGAGAAAAUGGAAUGUUAAAAGCAAAUAUUGCUAUGUUUAUGGGAAUGAUUCUUUUCCUCUUGUUAACGCAAUGCAUUCCUGAAAUUGAACACUCGUCCAGUGACUCUUCCAACUCUCACAGCUUGGAAAUGACAGGCUUAGUCACUGCUUUGGGCAUUUCUCUUCAUAAUCUCCCUGAAGGGCUCGUUGUUUUUAAUGCGACCGUUGUAGGCGUCUGUGCUGUGGAACCUCCAUCCUUGUUUUCGUGGGAUUAUCUUCUGCAUUGCACAGGAAGAGGACUUGUUGUGGCUAUCGCUAUCGCUAUUCAUAAUAUUCCUGAGGGAAUCGCAGUCGCACUGCCUAUCUAUGUUAGUACAAAAAAGUGCACACGUAAAUGGCAGGCUAUCAAGCUUUGCUUAAUAUCAUCCAUCUGUGAACCACUUGCUGCCAUUGUCUUCGGACUCCUUUUUAGUGAAUAUCUCACAACAACAUUCAUGGCGAUCAUGAAUGCGAUCGUAGCAGGCAUUAUGGUUAUUCUCAGCAUUUAUGAGCUGAUUCCAGCAUCACUAGAAUAUACCACACCCAAAAAUGUGGCGAUCGGAACCAUCUUGGACUGGUGCUCAUUAAUUCAAUUGCUUUCUAUUCAAUGUUGUUUACUCUUUUUUAAGAUGUUUUCUACAAACACACUACUCUGA